UUCAUCUGUCCACACUUUUGUUUCAUUAGUUGAAUACAAAGCUAUGAAAGAGAUGUUGCACAAUUUCAAGGCAAGUGAUCCAGGAAUCCCUAAAGUCACAAAAUGGAUGUAUUUUAAGUAAGGAUUUUAAUUCACUUGAACAUUGAAAUGAAGAAGUUUUGUUUCUGGCAUCUAGAACCAAGGGAAUUUGUAUGACUGAAUUAAGAAAAGCAGCAUUCUGACAGAUGAAUCUGUUGUUCAAGUUAUGAAGAACAUCUGCCUGUGGAAUUACAAGCUAACCAGUUUUGUUUCUUUUUGCUACGCAUUGAUUUCCACAGGACAUUGCACUUUCUCAGACAAUUGUCAGAACUUAUGUGCAAGUAGUGUGGAAGGAGAGCUUGCCAUUAAUAACCUUUGCAAUGUUAGUGACAUCACCAGAGCUUGCACACAGGGCUGUCAAUUUUGGAAUGCAACAGUACAAGAAAAUUGCCCGCUGAAAUGUAACCAGACCUACAUUAGAGCAUGUGAGAGAAUUUCCUGCAAGUUUGGCUGCAGCUGUGCAGAGAAUGCUUAUGGCAUUAAAAUACAGGAUUACUUGAACACACCUACAGCACCAUUUGCAUCUAUCAUUGGAAGCCACAAUGUGACUUUACGAUGGAAGUCAGCUAAUAUUUCUUGGGUGAAAUACAUCAUCCAGUGGAAGUACAAUCAGCUCCCUGGAGACUGGAGGUACACUGAGGUGACAUCUGAGCAUUCAUAUACAGUGAAUAAUCUUCAAGCCUUUACAGAGUAUGUGUUUCGCAUAGUUUGGAUCCUCACAUCUCAGCUGCAGCUGUAUUCUCCACCUAGCCCCAGUUACCGGACUUACCCAUCUGGAGUUCCUGUUACAGCUCCUAUUAUUAAAGAUAUCGAAAGCUCAGGCCCUUACACCAUUGAAGUUAGCUGGUCUCCGCCACUUUUCUCCAGUGGGUUGAUUGUUGGCUAUAAUUUACUGCUGACCAGUGAAAGACAGGAACUACGUGGAGCAACAAGCAGUCAAAGUUUCCAGUUCUUCUCCACCUUGCCGAAUACCACUUACAGGUUUAUGAUUGAAGCAGUAAAUAUGGUUGGUGCUGGGCCAUUUGCAGAAGCCACCAUUACUACACCAGAAUCUGAAGUAAAAGAGAAAGCAAAAUGGCUUUUUCUAACCAGAUACCAAUCUCUAAGAAAGAGAUCCAUGGAAUCAUUUUUGGAAGCAGCAGAAUGCCUUCAGAGUAAUGUUAUAUGCAACAAUAUUACAGGGAUUGCCGUGAAUGUUUAUCAGCAAGCUGUCUAUUUCUCAGUGGGGAAUUCUAUCUGGGUAAAAGGAGCUGCUAGCAUGUCUGAUGUGUCUGACCUAAAGCUCUUUUACACUGGCUUGGGAACAAUUACUUCAAUCUCUGUGGACUGGCUUUACCAGAUGAUGUACUUUGUCAUGAAUGCAAAGGUAUAUAUCUGUAGUUUAGAGAACUGCACAGUAGCUGAAGACAUUACUCCACCUUCAGUGACUUCCCCUAGGAAAGUUAUAGCUGACCCGUAUAAUGGGUAUAUUUUCUAUCUUCUGGAGGAUGGUAUUUACAGGGCAAGCCUCCCUACCUCUUCAGAUCUAAUCACUGCGGCUUUACUAGUUGUGAGAAUCCGUGCUCCAAAAGACUUUGUGAUUAACUACCAGUCCAAAAGACUUAUUUUCUUCUACAAAGAAAGACAGUCCUUUGUAUCUUGUUUUCUGGAUGGUUCAGGAUUUAACGAACUGCGACCUAAAGUUUCAUUUGCAGACAUAGAAAGUUUUGUUUAUGAGAAUAACACGUUGGUGGUCACAAAUGGUAGGGCAGUUUUCCAUGAAGAGAUGUCUGCAAACGGGAUCUCCAGCUUUAAUGAGUACAUUGCAGAUUGCAGCCUUACUGAUCCAGACUAUUUUGGGUAUGGAAACUUGCUCUUUUAUGGCUCGUCAACUCAGCCUUUUCCUUUGCCAUCACCGCCUCAGCUUGUCACAGCUCUGUUUGGAUCAGACCGAGCUGUAGUCACCUGGAAACCACCCGAACCCACUAUUGGAACCAAUCCUUCUGCUUGGAAGAACUGGACUUAUAUUUUGAAAGUAUCAUCUCAGGGUUCUGCUGACGAGGAUCUAGCUGUCUCAAAUAUCAGUCAUACUAACUUUACAGUGAGAGACCUGUCCAACUUCACAGCAUAUGAGGUGUCAGUGAGAGCUUUGUCUCCUGCUGGGGAAGGGCCAUGGUCAGAGUCUUUUAAGGGUACUACUUUAAAAGAAGUUGAAGAAGAACCUUAUAUUUUGGCGGUUGGAAAUGAAGGUCUUUGGAAGCAGCGCUUGGAUCAUUUUGGGCCAGGAGAAUUCCUCUGUCCUGAUUUAAGAAAUGUUACAGACCUGGACUGGUAUGAUGACACUCUUUACUGGAGCAACUCCAUAGGAGAAGUUCAUAUGUGGUCAUUGAGUAGAAGAGCUCCUGCCAUUGUGAAUUCUCCCCUAUCUGACAUCAAAAAAGCAAGGAUACUGGCCUUUGAUUGGCUGGGUCAGUGUUUGUACUGGGCUGGAAAGGCAAAUACGAUCUAUAGAAAAUCACUGCUGGCAGGACACACUGAUGUUGUGGUUUAUGUCACAUUCCUGGUGAAGGAUCUUGUGAUUGAUUCAGUAAAUGGCUAUCUGUACUGGGCUACAGCUUACUCUGUGGAGAGUACCAGACUGAAUGGAGAAUAUUAUUUAAUGUUACAAGAGCAGCCCCAGUUUUCUAAUAAGCAGGUGGUUUCUUUAGCUUUGGAUCUCAGUGGUGGCUUCCUCUACUGGUUUGUGCAGGACAAUCUACACCUAAAUCUAUACAGAGUCUCCCUCUGUGAAGAGAGUUGUGGUAAUGCUGUAGUCACUGAAUUGGCAGCAUGGAGUUCUUCAGGAAUAUCCCAGAAUGCACUGGUAUAUUACAGUGAGCGGCUGUUCUGGAUUAAUGCCCAGCAGUUCAUUACAACACAGGAAGUUGGUCAGAGUGUUGGUAUCCCCUUUUCAGAGCCAGCAGCGUUUUCAGCUUUUACCCUUGUUCAGAGAUCUCUCAAACCUCUGCCAGGAAACUUUUCCUUUGUGCCCAAAGUGAUCCCAGAUUCAGUUGUGAAGUCUUCUUUUAAGAUUGAACAAAAUUCUUCGAGGUUUCAUAUCCUUUGGAAUGCCGUUACAAAUGUGGACUGGGGCGUUGUCUUCUACUGUGUGGAAUCCAAGGUUCUACAAGCCAAGUUUGCAGAUAAUGAACGGUACCUGCGACCACAUAAUCUGACAGUACCUGUCUAUACAGUUGAAGGGCUGGAGCCUUAUACACUGUUUGAUUUUACUGUUACUCCUUACACCUACUGGGGCAAGGGACCUAUGACAUCCACCUUCCUGCGAUCUCCAGAAGAAGUUCCUUCAGCACCUACAAGCCCCAGAAUCUACGUGCUCCAUUACGGCCCAUAUGAAGGAAAAGAGAAGGCCCUUGUGGAAUUCAGAUGGGAUAAACCCAGGAGGGAAAAUGGAGCACUAACAGAGUUCAGAAUUUACUACCAAAUAGGAAACCAAAGUGAUGCUAAUGAGAAUUUUACAGAAUGGAGUAUAAGCAAAACUGCACCCUCUGUAAUGUCCUUUUCCCUCAAGGCUGUGCUUCCUAGGCUCACAAUACGGUUCCAGGUACAAGCCUUGACAUUUGUGGGUCCAGGACCUCUUUCUGAUAUAGCAGAGAUUAAAUCCACAGAUCUUUUUCCAGUUCCAACUCUUAUAACUGUUUCUUCCAAUGAGAUGGCCCUCAUUGACAUAGAUAGAAAUCAGACCAUCAAGAGUCUUCCCAUAAAAGAUGUAAACCAAAUCAGUUACACUGCUAAUGAUGAAACUAUGUAUUACAUAGAGGAAGAUUGUCUUUUUCAUCUGAACAUACCAAAUAAUUCCGUGCUUCAGCUUUUCAAAGAUGGAUAUCUCCGCAAUGCCACAGCUAUUGCAAUUGACUGGAUUGCAAGACAUGUCUUUGUUGCCCACAAAACAUUGUGGAGUGGAGCUGAAAUAUUAGUUAUUGAUCUUGAACUCAAGGCAAGAUCACUUAAAACUUUGAACAUACAGCCAACUAAUCGAAAUUUGACCAUAUCAUCUCUGCUGGCAUUUCCUUUCUUAAGUCGUCUGUACUGGAUGGAAACCCUUGAUUAUGGUGCUUGGAUCUUUUAUUAUGAUACUUUGAAUAACACUGCAUACCAUGUUUUGGGGGACACAUCUUUAAAACAUCAGACAAGAAAUAACUGCAGUUGCAACCUAACUGAAACAGACCUAGGUAGAGCAAUGACUAUAGAUAUGACUGACUCAAAGAAACCACACAUACUCUUUGUCAAAGGAAGGGAUGAAAUAUGGGCCUCAGAUAUGGAUGGAUGCUACUGCUGGAGAGUUAUCCAUGUUCCUAGUCAUCAAGAUAUGACUUUUGGCAGUUUGACGGUUGACAGACAGUUUAUAUAUUGGAGUAUCAUAACAAAGGACUAUACCACAAUUUAUCAAGCAAAUAAAGAAAGCAAAGCACUCUUCAUCCAGGAAAGAGCAUAUGGAAAGUUGCAAAUCUUAGCCUACAGCUUAGUCAUGCAACCCUAUCCAGAUAAAGAAUGCUUGAUUCUUGCCUCCAAUGCUGAGAAACCUAUAGUUUCUCCUACAAAUACCAGUAUUACAGUGAGGUUGCCACCUGUCAAAACACAGCUUUUGUGCCCAGGCAUAACUCUCCCUACUCCAACAUAUCUUGUGUACUAUGGAAAAAUUGCCAGCAGGGGUAUGAGCUGUUCAUCCGGACUACAGUGUAGAAUAAUGGAAAGUCAAAAAAAUAUAACCGUUAUUGAAGGCCUAGAUCCGUUUUCAAGGUAUGUCAUACAAGUGGCAGUGAAAAACUAUUAUUCGGAAACUUCUGAACAGCCAUCCUUGGGGAAAGAAACCAUUGGCACAACUUUCUAUGGAGUACCAGAGGCAGUUGGCCUAAUUGAGGUGCUAGUUCUGUGUGACAACACCAUCAAUAUAUCUUGGAGUGAGCCCUCACAGCCAAAUGGACCUAGAGAAUCAAUUCGCUAUCAAAUCCUUAUCAAUUUCUUGCCUGCUAUUCCUGCAACUCCUUUGAAAAAAAGUGAAUUUCCAAAUGGGAAGCUUGCCUGGUCUAUUAACAACCUCCAAAGUGGAACAAAGUACAAAAUUAAGGUUCUUGCUUUCCAUCCACGGAAGAACUGGUUUUCUGAAAGUGCCCCUGUAUUUGCAACAACUUUUGAGACUCCACCUGUACCAGUCAAUAUUAUUGCCAGAAACACCAGUGUACAGCUAGAAUGGACACUUCCUUUACACGUUAACAAAACCAGCUUUUGGUUUGAAUUGCAGAAGUGGCAGACCAAGAACUAUUGGUUUUCUCCUGCAACUACUUCAUGUGCUGAAGGACCCAGGUUUACAUGUAAUCUCACAGGCAUUCUUCCUCACACCGCCUACUUUGUGCGGGCAGGCGUAAUUUAUGUAACAGGAACACACAGCAUCUCACCUCCAGCAAGCUUUAAAACUAUGGCUGGAGUUCCAAGUAAGCCAGGAAUUCCAAAAAGAGAAGAGAAUAAAAAUGUUGUACAAUGGCAAAAAGCUGAAGACAAUGGAAGUAAUCUUACAUACCACAUCUUGGAAAGCAGGAGGUGUUCCCAUAAUACAAGCAAAAUGAAACCAUCCUGGGAGGUGGUUUACAAUGACUCUUGCACUGAUGUAUGUAUAUGGAGGGCCAAGAACACAGAAGGAACUUUCCAGUUCAGAGCAGCCGCUGCAAAUUUGCUUGGACUUGGUGAAUACAGUGGCAUAAGUGAGAAUAUUGUGUUAGUUAAAGAUACUGCACCCUUCCCAGAGGCGAGCAUUGUCAUAGCUGUGGUAAUCGGAAUAACUGGACUAAUCUUGAUUGUGUUUGCACUAGUUGCUUUUGUUUGGCACCAGAGGUGGAAAUCCAGAAAGUUGACACAGCCUGGGCAGAUUGUUUUUGUCAAGGAAGACAAAGAGUUAGCUCAACUUAGGGGACUUCAUGAUGCUGUGGGACUGGCCAAUGCUUGCUAUGCUGUGCACAAUCUCCCUACUCCAGGUGAGACUGAAUCCUUGCCAGCCUUUCCUCGGGAAAAACUGAAUUUGCAUAAGUUAUUGGGAACAGGAGCUUUUGGAGAGGUGUAUGAAGGGACUGCUGUAGAUAUCAUGGCAGCUGGAAGCAGAGAAUCCAAAGUAGCAGUGAAGACUUUAAAGAAAGGUGCUACAGAUUAUGAAAAGAGUGAAUUCCUGAAGGAGGCACACUUAAUGAGCAAAUUUGAUCACCCACACAUCCUUAAGUUACUUGGAGUUUGUCUGCUGAAUGAACCCCAGUACAUUAUCUUGGAACUGAUGGAAGGAGGGGAUCUACUUAGCUAUCUACGAGGAGCAAGAAUGCAAAAGUUCCAAAGUCCCUUGCUAACACUAGUUGAUCUUCUGGAUAUUUGUCUGGAUAUCUGCAAAGGUUGUGUCUAUUUAGAGAAAAUGCACUUCAUCCACAGGGACCUAGCAGCCCGAAAUUGCCUUGUGUCUGUGAAGGAAUACAGCAGCGCUUCCCGAAUAGUGAAGAUUGGGGAUUUUGGACUUGCCAGGGAUAUCUAUAAAAAUGAUUACUACAGAAAAAGAGGAGAAGGCCUGCUCCCUGUGAGAUGGAUGGCCCCUGAAAGCCUGAUUGAUGGUGUAUUUACUAGUCGAUCUGAUGUAUGGUCUUUUGGAGUCUUAGUAUGGGAAACUUUAACCCUGGGUCAUCAGCCAUAUCCAGGUUUCUCCACUCUUGAGGUUUUGCAUCAUGUACGAUCAGGAGGGAGGCUGGAGAUGCCAAAUAAUUGUCCUGAUAACCUAUGGGACUUGGUGAUAAGAUGCUGGGUCCAAGAACCAUGUAACAGACCCACUUUCUGUUAUAUUCAGGAUCAAAUGCAAGAGGUGAGAAACUCUCCUCUGUGCUAUACCUCUCACCUUUAUAGCAAGACAUUGUCCACUGGAGUCAUCAAUCAGGCCUUUGAAGAUAGCGAUGCUCUGUGUACAGAUUCAGAUAGUAUUAUUUCAACUGCUUUAGAGGAAACCAAGAAUGAAGAAGGCUUAAAUUAUCUGGUACUUGUCAGAGAAAGCAAUCCAGAUGAAGAAAACAGCAAUUCAAAUGGAUGUAAUAAAAUCUAAUUGUGUCAUUUGGAGAAAAGAAGAGUAGGCACAAUAUGCAGAUGAAGAAAUAAGCCAAGGAAAAUGCCCUUCACUUGGCCCUUCUUUCAGCAAUCCUGAAGGCAUGAACUAUGCCUGUGGUCUGGUUUAUUUUCAGUUUAAGGAACUAGCAAGUUUGUUUCUUAUGGUAAUUAGAGAUGUAAAAUAUGGGAAAAUAUCACAAAGAAAUGGAUUUUGUUUAAUAGAAUAGAAAUAAUAACACAACUGCACAUGACUAUUUUGUUCAAGAAUUUCUGAAUUUUAUGACCUCUAGUUUUGUAGGAGAUAAAGUGAGGGAAUAAAACAUGUAAUCAGCUGAGACGUGUUUCUUCUGUAACACUGAAUUAUCCAUUCUCUAUCUAGUAUGCUCAUCUUUUUUGGCAGAUAACAAACACAUUGGCUCACACCCAUUCAUGCUUAAAAGGAAGCAUUGAUAAGCUAUUGUAUAUAUUAUAAAGAUGUUUUCCUCUGGUUUAGAGAAACAAAAUCAACUGAAAGUUUCUCCCAAAUUUAGAUCUUUUUUUUCAAAAUACACUUUUACAAGCUGAAAAGGCAAUUUAAAUGUUUUAAUGGCCGUUUAUCUUUUUUUAAAAGAAAUUCCAUUUAAAAUUAGAAUUCAGCCAACAAAUGAUGAUUAUUCAUCAGUGGGGGUAGUUUAUUUUAUUACUUAAUUUAAAAGAGAAAAAGAAAAGAUUCUAGAACCAUUUAGACCUAUUAAAUUGUGUUGUUGCUUAUUUGUGGAUCCAUAUGAACUUACCAUACUACCUUUGUCCUCCUUGCUCCUUCUGUUUGUCUUAUUUCAUAUUGGGUUAUAAGAUCACCAUGUCAGGAGCUUUCUCUUAUAGUGAUUAGAUUAAUGGGGAUGCACUGGCAAUUGGAAUUCUAGGAAGAUACAGGAGACCAUGGUAAUCAGUCAUGAUGCAAGAUUAAAAGAUGCUAUUAUCCUUUCAUGUAUUUGGAAGUCAGAGCAAAUUAUUUGACAAGUUUCCCAGGUGGCAUAUACCACAGUGAGGAAUAAAAACACAUUGAUAGUCAACUGGGACCAUGUCAUAGUGAGUUGUAAUUCAGCAAGUUAGAUAGCAUCUCCUACAUCAUUUUCCUACCCUGUCAAAUGUAACCAUAUCACACUUUUCUUUGCAUCUCUCUGAUGCUCCCUCUUCCUUUAUAACAUCAAAUAUAAGUUACAACCUUGUCUUCGCCUUCUGAUUAGAAUUUCACCCAGCAGCAUAGUUUGGUAUUUUGGGUCUAGCUAAGGGCUGCUUGAUGGCUCCUCAGUGACCUACAUGAAAUAUGUUGACAGUGCAAUCCAAUUCUGCCUGUAGAGUUGCUCAUAUCACAAAAACCACUAGAGAGAACUUUGAGAGGUAGUUAGCCAUGUUAGUAUGAAGUCAUGCAGAAGGCAGGGCAUAGCAUAUCAUCUGACAGAAGGCUGUCACCUAUGAAAGUUUAGCUUUCUGAACUAGUUAGUUUCUAAGGUGUCAUCCUACCCUGCCUUCUGCCUAGAGAGAGUUUUGGUGACGAUCGUAGCAGAGUGGCCAAACAUUUAAGAGGCAAGGAGAACCUUUUUAGCUUUCCAACCUCACUCUGGAUUCAUUAUCUAUGUGAUAAGAAACUGUCAUUGCCCAGCCUUCAUUUAUCUCUGAACUGGCCAAUCUCCAGCUCUGGUGGAACAAGAUAAAGAUGUUAUAGAGGUGUUAUGACAUAAAUCCUUUAUAAGUCUAUGGGUAAAACAUUUAAUGUAAGGAACUUUGAUAUUUUUGAAGAAGAAAAAAAUCUUGUAUGUGUGUGUAUGCAUGUGGUACUACAUGGCAUAUAUGAGAUGUUUAUAAUCUGAGCUUUCAGAAUGAGUAAAAUAGUCAUUGUGCCUUUACUACUGGUACAAGAGGCUCUCAGUUUCCCAACAUAAGAGGCAUCAAUAUUUAUUCUGGCUCUUAUUCUUUAAAACAGUACCUCAAAGUUCAAUAUGGGGGCACAUCUACUAAUGCAUAUCUAUUAAUGUGUGUGAAUAAACUCCGGAGCUUAUCUGGAUUCUUUACAUGUGCCUGGGACUGUAGUACGCUGAGCCUGGGUGGAGCAGCCCUGGCUGGCAGGAGGUCUAAGAGGCCAGCCUG